GCUGUGAAGUAACCUUGUUGCGUUGAACGGUACGUAUGAGCAGCCGGCAUAAACGUACAAGGGAAAUACUCUUCCUUAUUUUCGUUUCAGGUAAAACUGUGAAGCUCGCAGCGCUCACUGAUUUGUCGGAGAAGAGGUCUUCUUCUUUCUUUUACUCGGCCCCCUUUGUCUCACUUACAAAGUCGCAUUUUUUUUUUUGUUUUAUAUAUAGAUAAUCUACACCCACGAACACCAUGGGUGCGUUUGCGCUGUGCAUCGAGAAUGCAACGCGUGACAUUCACUCGCUGCUGACGCUGCACCGCGUCCAUCCGCAAGUACACGCCGACAUCCAACGCAUUCUCGGAAGUCUGCUGCGGAAACAGUACACCGAUAUGACGGUGCUGCACUCCCCGGCGCUGACAGACUCACCGGAGCAGGUGUGCCACGCCAUUGUAGAAAACAUCAUCGAAAAGACCGUCAACUGCGCGAUUCCUGCUGCGGACAUCGCCGCUCUCGAGAAGCGCUGCCUGCAGCUGGCAGAAGAGAAAGACGCCCUGGAGGCAGAGGUGAUCGAGGCGGAGAAUGAGCUGGCGGAAGCGCAGACGCUGCUGCGCAGCUUGAAAGACGCACACGACUACACGCUGCAUCGCUAUUUUCGAGAAGUUCUCUCCCUGCGUAACCGCAUCCACGACCUAAAGCGACAGAACCGUGCCUAUCGUGCCCAUGCCCUUGGCCCCCUACCGGUGCCGCGGGUGAGUGGCAGUACGGCCUUCUCCACCUCGAUGGGCUCGCAGCUGCAGCAGUUCAUGUUAAACGAAAACCCGAGCAUUGUAAAUAUCAGUCCUCGCAAGGGCGGCGCGGCGGGCGAGCGUCUGGGUGCGGAUGAGGUGCUUAUGUCCGAGGCGGCAGCAGCGAGCGACACGAGCGUGCCGUCCACAUCAUCGAUGGCGGUGACUCGUGAAGGCAAGACGGACAAAGCGGAUGGCAACUCCGACGACUCGAGCUCAGCCAGACGACUGUCCGAGACGUGCAGGGGCAUUGCGAAUGAUGAGGCUGCCGGUGACGCUCGCGGGCUGGCGGCCCCCACCCCCACUGCUGCUUCUGGCAUGGAGGGCAAUGCAUUGACGAGGGCGGCGUCCUCCGGUCUGCGCGGAAAGGAGCGCAGCGUGCGCAUCGCCCCGUUCGUCUCCUACGGCUCUUCUCGGGGACCGUUGAUGAUGCUACAGGGUGCUGCAAAAGGCGAAAUGGUGCCGCUGCCGGAGCCGGAAAGCGUCGAUGCCAUCUUCGACUACGAGGAGUACAUCCGAAUUUUGAACGGCGGGCAGGGUCCGUGGUCGAAGCGCUUUGAGGACGCAAUGAGGGAGGCAGACGGCGAGGACGGCACAGGACGACGGCGACAUCGCCGCUCGCCGCGCGCCCGCACGUGCACUUUUGCGGAUGCCGACCAGCGCGACAGCGACACGAUGUACGACGACGAAGCCCUUGCCAGUCAGCUGGAGCAGGAGCAGGCGAAGGCAAAAGGCUUCCAGUGGCUGCUGCACCUCGCACUUGAGCCGAUCAAGCACGGCUUUCACGUGGAGUUGGAGAAGGUACGACAGGCGGUGUACGCGAUGCAGAAGGAGCACACGCACGACGUGCAGGUCAUCUCGCGUGCCCUCGCGCACCUGCAGAGCCGCAACGACGGCCUGCUCGACUUUCUCGAAACCUUCGUACAGGAGACGAAGCGCACCAUAACCGUGCUUUCCCGCGAUUCGCACGCCCGCACCAUCACCGACCUCUUGUCCAGCGGCACGCUGCCGGGGGAGUCGGCGGAAACCAUCACGACCUUCUUCUCCCUCAACGCGGCGCCAGCGCUGGGCGUUUGGUCCACCGCGUCCUCGCCCAAUCCACCAACACCGCUGACCCUGUCGACAGACAGAAUCGGGCACGACGCCGGCGAGGAGUCCACAAUACGAUCAGACGCGCUGCGCUCGCGCAAAGAGUGGCGGCUGAAGCCGGAUGCUCGUUUGAAUGCCGAGCGGCAGGCGGUCGCGAUGCGGGCAAUGAACCAGCGGCUCCGGCGGCCGGAUGUGUUGAGCGCCACGGUGGUCACCGCCGACGCGCCGGACGCGGCCAGUGCCGCCAACUACUACCGCGCUGACCUGGGCCUCCCGUACUGGAAUGCGCACCCCAUCACAACCCACGCCCAGGAGGUGUUUAGCGAGUUGCAGGUCAUGGCGAAGGAUAUGCGUGUGACGCGGGUGCAGCAGCUCUACGCGUACGAGGAGGCCAUGUCCGCCCAGUUAGACGCGGAGGGACGUCGGGUGCGGUUCAAUAAGCGCAGUGGCAGUGUCGUCAGCAGUGAAGGCUCACGCCGUCGCCACGGCUCCUCGGCGAUGCCGCAGGAGACGCCCGACUCUUUUUACGCCGCCGAUCCCUGGCCGCGGCGACGCCUGCAGGACGGCUGGCGCACCAAGACGGUGGUGAACGGCGAUGAGGCGACGGCGGCGGAUCUCCUGCUGGAACUGGUGCACCUACGUAUGCGGCGUGCGUGCGAUCAAGUGCGUCUCGCCCGUGCCCAGGCCACCAUCACGCAGGCCUCUGCUCCGAAUCCGGUCGAGCACAAGGAGACAUCAGCGGCGCGCACUAAGCGCGGCACGCAGAUUCUCACAGGCGCGAAGCUGAAAGCCUCGGAGGCACCGUCGAUGGACUUCGCCUCACCCGAGGAGGUGCUGAAGCACCGUGCGUUGCAGCAACUCUCCACCGGCACGAAGAAGCGCAUCGACAGAACAUCGCAGCGCAUCGCGGAGCUGCAGCGACUGCUCGAUAUCUUCUUCGCCGAAAACGAGGUGAAGGAUGCGGAGCAACUCUCUGCCGCGGAGACGGCGCGGCGACUGGCUGAGGAGAAGGCGUCCGGACUUUACUGGGUGAACGGCGAACUGAAGAGCGCGGCGCAGCUGUGGAAGUCGCCGUACCUGAACGACGGCAACGUGCCGAGCGGGGUGGCGUACCUGCCCAUCGGACUCAAUAGUACGGUCGACGCAGCCGGCAACGUGAGCGGCGGGGCUGGUGCGUGUGUGCUCUUCGGCGACACCUCCAUCUCCGUUGCCCCCUACACGAACACGGCAUCUUACGUGCCACGGAGGGGCGACACCGCUCGCAAGGAAACGGAAGGGGAGACAGGGUUCACGGAGGAGGGAGGCGAUGGCAACAGAACCGAUAAAGGAGCGGUGCAGGACACUCCGGGGUCAUGCAACGCGCCGUACGUAGCUGUGAUGGACUACUGCCGUGGGGUGCAGCUCGGGCGGCCGGUGGGUCGGCAUGGUGGACCAGUGUACCUGUUCCAAGAUGCAAGCACGGGCGAGUAUUACGUCGGCGAUGCGGAGGGCCGACCCGCGAUUCAAAAAGGUACGGAGAAAGGAAAGGAAGACGCGGCAGCUGAGAGCGUGGAAACGAGUUCUCCAGCGGGCAGCCCGAUGGACGCGGAUGGGCAGCGGUCGUCACUCGCCAUGACGCGCAUCCUCUUCCCUGCUCCGCUGCGUUACGUCUCCCCAACGACGCCCGCGGCGGCUCCUUCGCGCGACGAGGAUGCGGAGAAGGCAGCAUCCAUGACCAAGGCACCGCCUGCAUCGUCGUCCGUACUCACUAAGCCAACGACCGCGUCGCCCUCAGCGAGGGGCCUUCAGCCGCUCUAUCUCGUCCCUAUGGCCAUCCCCCUCUCCGGCGAAGACGCCGCAAUACGUGAGGGCUGGCAGGCUUGUCACCGCCACGGGCACACGCGCCAAGACCCAAUCUUCUACACGACCUUGUCACCGCUGCCGCUGUCCUCCUCCUAUCACCACGUUGUCCCGCAGAUGCAAGACGGCCUCGGCGAAGCAGCAGCCGCGGCGGCACCAACAGCGGCGAUGGCAGGGAGUGGGGAGGCAGGCGAUCGAACUUACAUCAGCGGCAACAAAUACUUGGUUCAACCGCCGCGUGUAUUUCAACCUGCCGACGAGGCCGCGCCGAUGGUGCGUGUGCGGGCGGUGCGGCUGCAGAGCCGGAAUGCAGUCGACAACGGGCCCCGUACAGACGUGAUGCCGGAAAGCAGCAACUACGCGACUGACCUCACUCCGGCUAACAGCGGUGACCCUCAUCGUGCACCUAUGCCUCGGUGUGCAACGAACGCUGGUCCCGCCAGCGUUCUCUCCGACAACCCCAACCCCGGAGUGACACCCAGCCCUGCUGAUACGGCCGUCACCGUCCCCACGGUGGCGACGAGCACACCCCCUGCGCUGGUCGUGCAGCCUUCUCUUCUCCCCGGCAAUAAGCAGCCAUCGUCGCCGCGCCCACUUGAUCCUCUUCACGUUUCUCUUUCGGAGUCAGUGACAACUGCAGCAGCAACGGUGGCCGGCCCCGACUCGUGCCCGCCACUCUCUGCCUCCACACCUCCUCCGUCUGCUGUACCGUGCGGCUACAGCGCCGCUGCCCCAUUCGCUUCCUCAACGCUGGUGCCUCCCUCUUCGUCCUGCAUGACCGCCGCCGUACUUCUCGCGAAGCAGCAACGCAUGGCCCGGCUUGCAAAGGAGGAGGCGGAGGCGAUUCAAAUGAAGGCGGAGCGGCAAGAGGCCUGGCAGCAGCGGCAACAGCAGCAGCAGCGCUCUGCGACGUACGCACCCACGCUGAAGGAAACCUUUUUCCGCCUCCCUCACCUCACCCCCCUACCAUCGCAUGUUACCGAGACAGCGUCGAUGCUGCCGCCUGCUGCCAGCUCUGCUCGCCUGCAGCGUCAAAUGCGAGCGGAGAAGUAUUCGUUGGCCCCACCACCUUCAUUGUCUCGGCGGACAGAGUCGACUAAACAGUCGUUGUCAGAAUGGGAUCUCAAGGACGACGUUUAG